CUCACCUACAUCAUCCUUUUGUGCACAGCGCGCCGCGGGCUGAUAUCUCUGCGCUCUGCCCAGCUGUCACCUCCGGCAUUGGUCCACCGAGCAGACACACGUAGGCACGUUUCCGACCAACCCCCUUUUUUUUUUUUUCCUCCUCCGGCUGACUACAGAGCCGGCGAGCGGCGGGACAGCCAAGGCAGGCAAGCAGGCAAGGCAGGCAGCGACGUUCCGCUGCAAGAGCAGCUCGGACCGGACGGUCAGGACGAAGGUUUUUAAAAGCGACAGGCCAAAGUACAUGCAGCCAGACUUCAGAUUACGUCUGUGGAGAGUUUGAUCACUCCCAUGGUUUACAGGGAAGGAGUCAAGCAAACAACAGUGUCUUUGUCUGCAGCCAAGUGUGAGGUUGUGCUGAGUCCCCGUUAUUGUGUGCGACAGCACCAUGGCAGCUAUGGGACCGGAGAACGGUGCUGGGUCGGGGCCGGGCGGGACGGCGGCCCACCGGGCGGGACGGCAGGGCGGCGCGUCUGCAGCAACGCACAGCAACGGCGAGCUCAGAGGCCAGCAGACUCUGGUGCAGACUCACAGCUGCGUCCAGCCUGACAAGGCGCUCGGCCAUCAUCCCAGGACCAAGGCGGCGGGCUGGGGCAGCUUUGCUGCUCCGCUGCAGAGCGUGGGAGCUGCCGCGCACCUGAGCAACGUGCCAACCAGAGCGGAGGCUCCGUACAGCUUCCGGAGCGCGGAGUCUGUGGAGAUGGACGAGAUAAUGGCGGCCAUGGUUCUGACCAGUUUGUCCUGUAGCCCGGUGGUGCAGAGCCCUCCACAGACGGAGCCGGGUCCAGGUCUGACUUCCUUUCGUGCUGGAUCGUGCUCGUCUGUGGACAUGGAGAGCGGCGGCGGCGAGCUCUCGGACAGCGGCAGCAGUGGCUACUGGAGCUGGGACCACGGCAGCGUAAGCCCCGCCCCCUCGCCGUCCGUCACCGAGGUCGACAGCAGCCCCGAUGAAGGCCUGCACAUGGAGCUGGAGCAGGGCGGGGAGCUCACUGCCAAAAAGCCAAAGAGCUCUCUGCGAUGCGUGUAUAGGUGUCUGUGGCCCAGUUGCGGCAAAGUGCUAACGUCUUCUGUUGGAAUAAAAAGACACAUCCGUGUGAUGCACCUGGGCACUGGAUCGGAUCAGUCCCAGAGAGAGGAGGACUUCUACUACACCAAGAUCUGCUGCGAGACCAUGGAGGCCGGUCCUGCUCCGGGGCCAGCCCAGCAGACUCCAGGCCAGGCCCCUCCUGCUCUCCUCAGCUGGGCCUCGUGCGCUUCCCCCUCGGGCUCCGAGCUCCAGGUCCACGUGGCCCACAGGCCCAGGUCCAACUCCAGCUCUUUGCCGGGUCCCAGCAGGCCCUGCCCGCUCAGCCAGUCGGCCCCCAGCAGCUUCUGGCAGAUCCACACCGAGCAUCUCUAUCAGGCCUGCAGCCCUGUCCAGGUAUCUGUGGCCCCCAAAAACGUGUGCAAUCAGGGCUGGACCCCCACGCCCUCAGCAUCCGGCCAUAGCAACACUCCGAUGGUGAAACCUCGCUGCCGCUCGGUCAGCGUCGGGGAGCAGUGGCUGCAGCAGAACAGGCUGCAGCCGAUGAGCGCGUCGCCCUCCCGCACCCACUGCUCCUUCAGGAAGGGCCGCGGAGAGGCCAAGAAGUGCCGCAAGGUGUACGGCGUGGAGCGCAAGGACCAGUGGUGCACCGCCUGCCGCUGGAAAAAGGCCUGCCAGCGCUUCCCCGACUAGUGGCAGCCGGCUGACCAAGGGAGCAAACUGGACGGACGGAUGGAUGAGUGUGGACAGAGACUUUUAUCAAAAGAGAAGAUUAUAAACCAGGGCCUAAGAGCCAUCAAGAAAAACAAACUUCUUGUGUUUUCCUCUUAUUUUUUUUUUCUUUCCUAAAAGGAAUGCAGAUGGACCUUUUAUGUAUCUUUGUAUCUUGAUCCUGAAAACUGAAGUUUGCGAUGGUGCUGUUGACUGACUUUGACCAUGUGAUGUGCUAAGCCCUCUCUUCCUUUUUUUUUUUUUUUUAAUCCAAAGGUCUUAUUACUGCCCUUGUAGCUCCACUGUAUCCUCACACUGCUACCUGGCUGUCUCCUUUCUUCCAGUCUUCUCUUCCAGUGGUUACACCGUGAUUAUGAUGUACAUUAUAUCGUGUGCUCUGAGUUCCGUACGAACAUUUUAUACCUUUUUAGUUUUUUUUUUUUUUUUUUUAUCGUCUCGUUUAGCCCGUGUACUGGGCCGACUGUUUUAUUUUUAAUUUUAUUUUUUUUUAAAUGUUUUUGGCACUUUGUUGGAAAAUUCUCUCACAAGAAUAAGCUACAUUUGGUUUGACUCAGCCAAGUUCCUUCCAUGAAGCUGAUUUCCUUCCUGCCCACGCGUCGGCACACAACCAGUGUUAGCGGUUUUACCCGUGAAGGCAUGUCUGGAGUCGCGGCGGUGGGGAAAAGCGGCAGGGGAAUGAGUUUGUACUAUAGGAAAUAUAUUGUCCAACACAAUAAAAAAGCACUGAGAAUUUC